ACUUGGACAUUACAACACGGUUCGGGAACGUCACGGGAGGGCUGGCGUUAUUGGACUUUGUAACAGUAACUAUGGCAGGUCGGGACAGAGUGGUUGAGCUCCUUCGGCAGCUGCAGAGAGCUUCAUGCAGAUGCCCUGCACAUUCACAGAGUUACUCUCAAGCUCCUCAUCCUAGUGCCUGUGGUAAAACAACUGAUUAUGCAUUUGAGAUGGCCUGUUCUAAUAUCAGAUAUGGAGAAGGGGUUACCAAAGAGCUGACCAUGGAUCUUCAGAAUCUGGGUGCCAGGAAUGUCUGCCUGAUGACGGAUAAGAACUUGGUGCAGCUACCACCAGUUAAAGCAGUGCUAAACUCUUUUUCAAAACACAACAUUAACUUUAAAUUAUAUGACAAAGUUCGAGUGGAGCCCACUGAUGCAAGUUUUAAGGAGGCUAUCGACUUUGCAAAGAAGGGGCACUUCGACGCUUAUGUGGCGGUUGGUGGAGGUUCUGUGAUUGACACGUGCAAAGCUGCAAACUUGUACUCUUCCAAUCCAGAGGCGGACUUCCUCGAUUUUGUUAAUGCACCCAUAGGCAAAGGGAAACCUGUAACAACUGCUCUCAAGCCACUCAUUGCAGUGCCAACGACAUCAGGUACAGGAAGUGAAACAACAGGAGUUGCUGUAUUUGACUUUAAGCAUUUAAAAGCUAAAACUGGAAUUGCAAGCAGGGCACUCAAACCAACCCUGGGAAUGGUGGACCCUUUACAUACACUGCAUAUGCCCCAGAGAGUUGCUGCUAACAGCGGAUUUGAUGUGCUAUGCCAUGCUCUGGAAUCCUAUACAGCUCUGCCAUACAAUAUGCGAAGCCCUUGUCCUACUAAUCCUAUAAAUAGGCCUGCUUACCAAGGGAGCAACCCCAUUAGUGAUGUCUGGUCCAAGCAUGCUCUCCACAUUUUAGCUAAAUAUUUAAAAAGAGCUGUAAAGGAUCCUGGUGACCUGGAAGCAAGAUCAAGCAUGCACUUAGCCAGUGUGUUUGCAGGAAUAGGAUUUGGAAACGCUGGAGUUCACCUCUGCCAUGGAAUGUCUUACCCCAUUGCAGGCCUUGUUAAAACCUAUCAUGCCAAGGACUAUGUUGUGGAUCAUCCUUUAGUGCCUCAUGGUUUAUCAGUGGUCUUGACAUCCCCAGCAGUGUUCACCUUCACUGGGCCCAUGUGCCCUGAAAGGCACCUUGAAGCAGCUGCUAUUCUUGGAGCCAACAUCCGUAACAGGAAGCGAGAGGACGCUGGGCUGAUUUUGGCAGACACACUGAGGAAGUUUUUGUUUGAAUUGGAUGUUGAUGAUGGCUUGGGAGCUGUUGGUUACACCAAAGAUGAUAUUCCAGCAUUAGUCAAGGGAACCAUACCCCAGGAAAGAGUGACUAAACUGGCACCAAGACCUCACACAGAAGAAGACCUCACAAAUUUAUUUGAAGCAUCCAUGAAAAUUUAUUAAUUGAAAUAUAGGAAUCAUGGCGUACUAAUUACAUCAUUAAGCACAGUAUACUUAUUCAAUUUUCUGCAGUACAGAAUCACAGGGCAGGAGCCAAUUUCGGCAGCACUGGGCACAAGACAGGAAGUAAGCAGUCCAUGGCAGGGCACACUCCUGCACACAAGUACACACUCAAGUGAAUCUAACCUGCACAUCUUCAGAAGGUGAGGUCAUGUGGGCACAAGAAGAACAUGUAAACACCACACCAAGCACUCUGGAGAUGUGAGACAAGACAAAUGUGCCACCUUGCUAAUUUUCACUAACACUAAAACAGCACAGUGGACUAAGAAAACCAUCAAUUUAUGUGGUGAAGAUGAGAAUCUGAUUGUACAUGAGAGCGUAAAACUAGACAUCAUGCAAAUAUCAAUUUAGAACAUUUUGAUUUUCUUUUUUCUGCACAUUUGGCUUCUGUAACAUAACAAAUAAUGAAUAUUAAAUGCAAAGUCGUCAGUAUUAAAUUAAGACUUUUAAGUGUGUUAAUGGAAAAACUGUACAUGGUAAUUUAACAGUGGAGAUUUUGCUGUGUAGAAAGUGAAAGAAAAGCGAGUUUGUUCAGAACUAGGUGGAGUUUCUUUAAAAUACUGAUGCAAUCACCACUUAUGUUCCAGUUGGUUUAAUUUACUAUGAAUUACUUGGGUCUGCCUGGCAAAUUGUUUCCCUUACUGCUUCACAAUUCAAAGUUAAACAUGUGAAAGCUUGUUAUGUGUACACCUGACUCUUUUCUGUUACUGUCUGUUGCUCUUUAGAACAUCCCAACAAAACUAAGGGACAGCACAGUGGCACAGCAGUUAGCGUGUCUGCCUCCCAGCUCCAAGGACUUCACUUCAAUUCCCAUUUUACUCUCUGUCAGUAAGGAGUUUGUACCUUCUCCUUGGGUCUGAGGGGAUUUUCCUUGGAUAUGCUGGCAUCCCUGCACUCCCAGAAUUCUGCAGAUUAGCCAAACUGUUCAUUGGACAUCCUAGCCUUUAUGUCCCUCGUUAUUUGUGCAUUUUAUUGUCUUUGUUCAUUGGACACUGCAGCCCUAUUGUUUUAUAUAGAUAGAUAAUAAGGUGUGGAGUGUUGUACAUUUUUAAAAUUCAUUGAUUUACUAAUGGAAUGUUGGGGACUGUAAGUAUUUACACCAACAGUAAAAGAAAAAUGACAGAAAGGGCAAAAUAAAUUAUAAAUUAAUUUUGGGAAUUUUGGGUCUUAGGUGGGAAAACGUAUGUGUCUGAUUUCAUAAAUAUGUGCCAGGUAAUAGUGGCUUCCCAUUUAACCACUAGCUAGUGCCUUACAUCAAUUGAUAUUCACCUGUUUAUUUGGAAUGCACAUAUUUCUAUGCAUGAAUCCACAUAAAGUUUUAUCAAUGAGGCCUCAGGAGACAAAACAGAAACAGGUUGUGAUCUCAAGAUCAAACAUGCUAGUUAGUCCCCUUUAGGUACUGAGUAUUAGGCCAGUUAGAUAGCUGUUUAAUCUAUCUAUCUAUCUAUCUAUCUAUCUAUCUAUCUAUCUAUCUAUCUAUCUAUCUAUCUAUCUAUCUAUCUAUCGAAAGCAUAUUUAUCCUGUUUCAUUUCUCUCUAAGUUUGGUCAUAGAGUCGCAUUGUGUCCAGAACGUUACGCACGGUCAGAGAACUCGAUGCCAAGCUCCUAUUUGCAAACGUACCUAACAGUCCAUGCUAGCAGAGUGACUUAUGUCCUAUCUGGCUAUUAUAAUUAACACUCAGUUUUACAGAUAUAGCAAAGAAAGUUCUAUUUCAUGUUAACUUGCAGGGGCUAAAAGACUAUACCAUAAUCUAAAGAGCUAUGUGAAACUGAUAUUCUAAUGAAAUGAAGCAAACACUUAAAUGAAUUUAACAUUAACUUUCUAAGAUUGGCUCUUACAUCUAGCAAACAACAACUCCCACAAACACUCGCAAGAAUUGCAAAUGUGUUUCAUCUAUCAUUGCAAUCUAUUUAAAAUAUAUAUGAUUUAAAUUUAAAAUGUGAGUAGAUAUACAUUUAAUUUUAAAUCACAGAAUAAUAAGUAAUGCAAGCAUAAAUCAUUCUGUUUUCCAUUUUACUCGCUUCUCAGUCUGCCAUAUUUUCGGUAUGUAAAUCAGAACCUUCACAUUUCUGUGCUCUUUUGAAAGACGCUGUUUCAUUGAGCCCAAAGAGAGAGCGUAAAAAGUCUUUUAAACAUAAUGAGACCCCCAUCUGUUUCAACAUCCCACCAGAGGAUUCCAAACCCUCUAAUGCAUCAACUUCUCGAGGCUGAUCCUUACCCUGUGACAUAAUUAAUUGGAAAUCACUUUGGCAUUUUUGGAAGAAAGAACGCGCUAAAUGCAAAUGGACCAGACACACACACAAAACAAAUUGCAUGCUGGCAGGAGGAAUGACCUCUGAGUUUUGGGGGCCUUCUUCAGAGUGCCUCCUCCAUUGUAACGAGCAGAAAGUCAGAUUUCUGUUUGUGAAGGCUUUUUAUCCUUAUGGCUUUGCACUCUGCAAGAGUUUUACUUUUGUUUUAUGUGAAGAGUUCCUUAUUCUGAUUCUGAUCUAGCUAAUCCAGUUCAGGAUUACUUGGGCCUAAUUAUUUAACAGCUAUCACAAUUAAUAAGGGUUUGUUUUUUCAAUUCUCCCAACAUCUUGUCACUUUUGUUAGUUUCUUAGGCAGUCCAGUCUACAGCACUGUAGGCAGUCGGUUCCAAGAAGAACAUUAAUGCUCUGUUGAUAAUUCUGCAAUCUAUUUAUUCAGGGAGGAGUAGCAGACAGUCUCACUGAAGUCAGGUUUUCAUGAUCUGAUCCUUAAGCCUCUUGGUUUGUAAUCCGGCUUCUCAGCCUUUGGGUUGUCUUCAUGCGAGACACCAGGCUUGUCUAAGUGUUAUCUUAGACAAAAUCUACAAAAAAAAUGUCACCAUAACCUACUUGUUUUGUAACAGGCAGUUGUUGUUCACGAUGAGCAGCUUUCAUCCCACUAAUCUGGUACACGUGUCACAGGUUCAUUCUAUCUGCUUUCUGCCCUGAAUUAACAAAUAACCGAUAAUAAACCACAUGGAACUGUUAGUGUGACAAGAGGUGCACUGCAACGUGCAGGACAAAGGCCACAUAAAUGGUCUGAAUGCCUCAGAAUUCAAAUGCACGAUUGACAUUUGCGUGUUUGAGGAGUAGGCUGCAUUUCUGUCUGGUGAUUUCACUGUCCUGGAUGUAUAACCCAUAAUGCCAGCCUGUGUGGAGUCUGCAUGUUCUCCUCAUAUCUGUGUAGGGUUGUUUCCUCCCAAAUCCCAAAGAUGUGCAGUAAGUGUUUUAUUCAUUUACUAAACUGACUCCACGUGGCUGCGUGGGUCAGUGAGCCCCUGGGAUGGACUGAGGCCUUAGCCAGGGCUGGUUAUGCAUUGGCCUUAAUGCUGCCAGGAGAGACUCCUGCGCCCCACAACCCUGAAUUGGAUCGAGUGGGUUUAAUAAUGUCAUGUCACAUCUGGGGAGCUGGAUUCUGUCUGUUCACUACUGAUCAGUGGAGCUUGUUAAAGAUACAAAUAUCAACAUAUUACUCUUGGAGUAAAACUUAAGCAAUACUUAAACUACUGUAGUAAACCCCAAAUAUGUAUUCUGUUAAAGUUGCAUCCCACUUAGAGACAGGCAAGAUUCAAUUCAAGAUGAGAUGACUGAAAGGGGGUUACUCAGCUACUAUUGUCAUGUAAUAUCAUUUAGAGCAAACACUCUCCUCACUGUGCCCAAAGGGCAGACCCCCCCCCACCCCCAAAUCAGAAGAUUGAAACUCAUAAAUCAGUUAUGGAAAUUAACAGAUGGAUCCAUGGACUUAAAAACAUAUAGAGAGUGACAGCAAUUUCUGGGUCAGCCAUAGCUUGUCUGUAUUCUGUUGGUUGUUGCAUAGCCUGGUUACAACCUCCAUUUACAUUAAAGGAAUACUUCACUCAAAAAUUACAGUUUUUAUAUGUUACUUAACCAGUGUGUUUUGUAGUCCUGACAGAGAAAAAAAUGUAAUCCCAAAUUUUCUUGGAGAUUGAAGAUGAAAAAGUUUCUAUACAACCCAGUGGUGACAAACGAUAUGAAAAACGUCCAUGGGGACUCACGUUACUCAUGUCAGAUAAUCUACAUGUCAUUUAGUAGUCAUUUGCUUACAAAAUGCAAAAUAAGUGCAUUACUAUCUCAAUGUCUCUGAAUGUAAAUGUCUUUGUAAAAAUCAGCACAUUUAUAAAGGGGAAAUGUAAAUCACAUUUGAAUAAUUCUGUAUUCGAGUAAAACUCAAAACUUGUAACUCCCGACUUGGAAAACUGAAAAAAAAUUAACUUGGAAUUCCUACUCGCAAACUCGGGCCUGGUCUCUUAAACGUCCGAUUAUGAUGUCAAGCCAAAAUUGCAACAUAUACCGCAAACAGUUAAUUACAAUAAUGCUUUAUACAUUUAUUAAUUGGGAGAGUUUACUUCAAGUGAAUCACCUCAAUCUGUAAUACAUAAUAUUGGGAAGGUAAACGUGUUUUCACUAGCAGAACGAACAGUAACAGACUAACCGAUGUUAGUUUCAUACACAUUACUGUUCGUACACUGCAUUCAGUUUUUGCUUUGUGCACUUUUAUAAUUGCAGCUUCCAAGCAGAAAUAGUACUUGUUAUUGUGGUCAAAAGCAUUAAAAUAUUUUUAAAACAUGACAACAUACUUUUUGCACCUUUCUUGCUCAUCAGUUUCUUCUUUGAUCCGGACUAAUAACUGUUAGUGUUUGUUGCUAAAACGGCAGCUUUCUGGUGAGCAUCCACGUUUACUUUACCACUUGCAUAGUGAGAACACGGCAGCUGUAGAAGGGUAUUGUAGCAGCCCGGAAACAUAAAGGGCCGAUUUGGGCCGGCAGGAUAAAUGUCAAUCAAAUUCGACUUCAGCGAAUCAUGUUGCUAGGGCAGGACUUCAGCGAAUCAUGCUGUUGCCAGUACACAUCAUUUGAAAGGUUCAUUUGUCCAAUUUUCAACAAUUUGUGUUUGUCUAUCAAAUUUAACUUCAACUAAUGUCUUUGUGGAUCUCUGUUUGCGGUCCCACCUGUUUUACAGUUUUGUGUACUACUUGUCUGACUUCUCAGCUCUGGUGUUUGACGAACGCUGCACGAGGUUCUGAACUGACAAUCCGCCUCAUUCAUUGGACAAACAAAAAUAAAAUCUGACUCAACGCCUCACUCAUUGGUCCAAAUAUUAGCCAAUCCCCGUCUUUCAUUGGACAAAAGCCCUGUCUUCAUUUGAAAAGCUCAGUCCAAUUGUGAACUGCAUUUCCCGUUUAUAAAGCACGCUAAUUUUUCCAAAAGCCUUUAAAUCCUUAUGCAUUUAUUUAUCAAUAUCUGAACAGAAAAUGCGUGUGUUUUGCACGUUAUGAAGAAAUGAGCUGACAAUUAGUGCAGGGAGCGUGGCAUAGUGGUUUAGACUUUAAAUGUUUGGGAUGUAGGGGUCUAAUCCUGCUACUGACGCUGUGCGACUCUGAACAAGUCACCUCACUUGCCUGUGCAAUUAGAAAGAGAAAUGUAACUAACUGUACCUCAAAUGUUGGAAGUCGUCUUGUAUAAAUGUGUCAGCCAUAUUAUAACUGACAUGCGGAUUAUGCUCCAGGAAAUGUUUUGUUUUUUCCCUCAUGGAUGUUUUCCACGUAAUUUGCUGUUGUACAGCAUUGGUCACCAUUAUCUUCAAUUAUAUCAUUAAAUGUUAUUCUUCAUUCUCCAUGAAAAUCUGAGGUUAAAAAUGUUUUACGGCUAUCACUACAACACAGAUGAGGUAAGUAACAUAUUUAUAUCAUUUAUGGAUGGAGUAUUCCUUUAAUUUCCCAUUUAUUGUUUUCAUUUGAUAUUUUACUACUAAAAACAAGUAUGAAUAAGCAUUUAAAUGUACUGGCUACAUACAAAAAAAAAUUUCUCAUAUUAAAAUGGUAUCUUGGUAACUUUUAGGUAGCAUGACCUUCUCCGUAUUCUGGGAUUUAAGUUCUUCUUAUCAUGUGUACUCUUUAUAACAAGCUGGCCCAGUCAAGAUACAAAAGACCGCAGAUAACCACUGAGGCCACAUUAUUAGGCACGACUGUUCUUCCCACAUGACUGGUCAGUCAGCGACACCCUCCGUGCUGUUUAACACACACAUGCAGGUGCCUGUGGGUCAUGGUGGGCGCAUUUCAUUUUGACAAUGGCCAGGAGUGAAGCUUUAAUUAUCUCUGACUGCACCACUGACAGGGAGAUGUCAAAUAAUAUUGAGGGGGCAGCUCCAUGAACCUGGGUUCAAUCAAACAAAAUUUAUCUUGGUUGAAAAAAACAAGAAUAUGUUUGCCUUUAGAGUGUCAUUUUUUUAUAGAAUAAAAUUUUAAAAAAAUAUUUAAAUAUUAGAUGCUUCGACAUGCAAAUCAUUAACUGAUUAACAGAAAGACAUAAUUAGUGAAUGAGGUAAAUGAAAACUAGUUUUACAUUAAGUGGCAGAAACGCUUGCCCUGCUGUCUCAGAGCUCCAGAGUCCAUCCUGGUCUCUGUUGUUGUCCAUCCGUCGUGCACCAUAUGGUUCAGAAGACCCUGCAUGAGUUGGUGUGAAUUUUUGAAGGACUGUCUUACCCUCUAUAGUUGCUUCUUGAAUUGCUUCCAGUAUCACAUGGACUGUUUUUACAGACUUGCAAACCCCACAAUAUCACAAUAACUAGGUUUGAAUAUGAAUAGAAGAAUUAAUGGGGUCUAUGAGAAAAAUGUAAAUUGACGCAGUGGUCUUUGCUGCUAACAAAAAAAAAAACAACUACAGUAUAGAGUUCAGGUCCCAAUCCAUUCGCUCUUAUGAAGUAUGAACCUUUUCCUCAAGCCUGCACUAUGGGUGCUGUGCUAUUCCUCCCAUAUCUUAGAGACAUGAGCUCAUUUACAACUCUACACCUGAGUGGGGGUCCUGCAGUGCUUCAGGGCCGUGUCAGGAUUCAUGCCCAUCUUGCAGCCACUGGUAUAGACUUUGGGAUCAGUCACCCCUUAAGACCUAGAAUUGAUUUAAAUAGGAUAACAAUCUAAUCUUAUGAAUGACUGUGAUGGACGUCCUCUUCAGUCCUUGUUCCUUCCUUGUACUCAUUUGUGUUAGGGUGGGCAUUAACAUCAAUGUAAUGGAAUAAAACGUGUGCAUGUAUAUUUAGAGAAAGAUCUCCAUUUAACUAAUAAUGUGACUUGUAAAACCAGUUGAUUGCACUGAUGGUGUGUCAUAUUAUAGGGGCUGGAUACUUGUUUUGUAUUAUACGUUUAUAACUAAUUUAGACCACUUUGCAGAGCUCUGUUUUCACUUUGGCAUUAAAGUCUUUUUUUGUUGAUCAGUGUGAAAAAAGUUAACUAUGAUUCGAUGUUGUAUAACAAGAAAAUAGGAAAACUUUCAUAGGAGCGAAUACUUUUUACAGACGCUGUUUUCUGAAGUGCAUGUCAAUCCCUAAAGUGAACGUCACACCACCACAUGUUGUGCCAAGUAUGGGGCAGACCCUGUAAAGGAGCAGGUGGCCCUUUUCACACUUCAUUAAUUAACUGCAUGCAGAGGUGUAAUCUGCUGAUUGCACACGAGGGCCUGUCACUUUUCAAUUGUACAGGAAAAGCAGGCAUUGACUGUAUGAAGAAAAGCACUGGCACACAAUGAAGGCUCCAGCGUCACACUGAUCAGACUCUGCAGAGCCAUGUGCUCUGAACGUGAUAUUUUCCUAAGAUGACCUACAAGCCCCUCAGGUUUGGCGUUUGACACUAUUUCUCACACGGUGUUACUGGAACAGCUGUCUUCAUUGGGUAUAACUGGUGCUGUUCGUUCAUGAUUUUUGUCUUAUUUAACUAAUACAUGCAAUGCAGUUAUUGAAGUGAAUAACUGAAUCUCUCACAAUUUACCUGUUACCCAUGGAGUGCCACAGGGUCCAGUCCCUUGCCCCUUGCCUUAAUCACUUACCUCCUCCCCCUUGUCCUAUUAUGCACCAUCACAGUAUUCGGUUUCUUUGUUAAGCUGAUGACAUCCAGUUUUAAAAUUCUACCACACCGUCUCAGGUCUGUUCUCUCUCCUCUUUGGUUAGCUGCCAUCAUUGUAUUAAAGUUGGAUGGUGUGCCAUCUGCUCAAGGUUAAUAGCAGCAAGUCUCAAUUUCUCCUUGUGGACUCUGAAGCUGCCCUUCCAAAAUAUGGAACUGUUAACAUCUGCAUCGAUAGUACCUCAUUUAGAGCAAACAGGGGUUCUUAACCUGAGGUCUGUGGACCUCUAGGGAGUCCAUGGCUGGGUUUCAGGGGGCCCAUGAGGGUCAGAUAAAAAUGAACAUUUACUGUAUAUUCACUAUACAGCCCAGUAUAGAGCUAUACAGCUACUACAUGCCUUUGUGAAUCAGGGUUUUCAGCACUUGUUUCUCUCAAAACGAAAAGUCGAAAUAGACUGGAUGUCAAAGAUGAUAUGCAUGUCACCUUGUUGAAGACCACUCCACAUUUUCAUAUUCUUAUUCAUGGCCAUCAAGAACAACCUUCUCAUUGAAAUAAAGUAGAUAAUGAAAGAGUAGAUGUAGUAGUAAUGGUGGUAGAAAACGUAAUAUUAGUAGAUCUGUUUUAAUUUGCACGAGAGGAUUGUAUUUCAUAAUUAUAAUGAGUGACUAUUACCUUUUGCAUUAAAAAAGAGUGUUCUUUUAGAUUGUUUACUAAGUUUAAUAAUACGUUGUGUAUGUCAUAUAUGUAUGAAACAAUCAAAUCUCGACAAAAUACAUUAUAUUGAUUGCAUGCAAAGUUGUGUUUAUGUGAAUAUUUUUGGGGGAGGGAGUCCAUAGGUUUCAUCAGAUUCUUAAAGGGGUCUGUGACUCACUGCUUUAAGCCCUCAAGUCAAGAGCCUUGGUGUUGCUUUAGACAGCAUUCUGUCUUUUCAGUCUCACGUUAAUGCUACGGCCUUUUAUAA